AUGUUUGCUGUUUCUGAUGCCAAAAGCUUUUCAAAGCAAUCCGAGUUAGCCUCAGAAUUUUCCAAGUAUUCCUGGAGAGUUCAUAAGGAAAUCGUUGAACCCAUGCUUCACAUGGAAGGUCCUUCGUAUGAUGAUGCUCUUCCUCAGGAUGAACAUGAUUGCAGCACUUUCAAGAAUCUUCAAAAACAAGUUUGGUAUUGGAAGCCCGACUGGGAUCAUGAGGCUACUUCUUCGUCUGUAAACUCGGGACAGGCCACUCAAUUUACAAAUACCACUGGUCUUAAUAGCAACAGCUCGAUCCAUCCUACGACAAACAGGUCCAAACACGACCUCUCCACUCCUCCACUUUCUCACUCAAUGAUUCAUCGUGUGGUAACCUCACCUUACUCGUCUCCGAUCAGUACGAAUGGUCGUCCUUCUCCUCAUACCACUUUAAAAGCACAACACACCUUCAUUCCCAAACGAAACAAGUACACUGGGCGUAAAUCCAAUGCUUCCUUAAUUGAUCACUCCCCAAACCAUCACCAUUUCGUUGCAUCUCAUUCAUUCUUUAAUGAUGAUGAAGAAGAAGGCUUGAAAGAAAUCUUGAUGGAACAAGAAGCAAAGGCAAGAAAAGCCUUUACGGAAUAUCGUUUACAGCUCUUGAAAACUCGUCCCAUCUCUUAUCGAGAGUUCAUUCAAAAUUCCAUGACACUAUUGGAACAAGUGAUGUUACUCAAUGAUACCCAACAUUCUCAUUCGUCUUUGGAAGAGUAUUCAGUUCGGAAUUUGUUGGAACAGAUGAGAAAUCGAUUUGGUUUCACGAAUGAAGAUGUUGAAAUUGUUUUGGAGAUUUAUGAGCAAGCCAUGUUUUCUAUUGAAAAACCAUGCGUUGGUGGCUCAUCCUCUUCAUUCAUUAGUUCCGAAGUCUUCAAUACGUUCUCCAAGAGUUUUCUCAAUAUUUUGAGACAGGUAGAGCAGUAUCAUGUGCAGAAUUCUCUACUCCUUUGA